AAACAAAAUUUCAUAUAAAAUGAGUUUUAUUCUCUAAGAGGUCGCUUGUUAAUCUAUUUGGUUCAGUAUACAGACACUGUUCACAAUGAUAGAUACGUGUUCACUGUUUCUAUUCUCGGGACUCCUUGUAUUAUAUGGAGUCAAUACAAGAGCAGUUCAAAACAUUACUUUAGACGGAAGUAAAUUGGUAACAUUUGACAUGUGGGAUGCUUUGAAGCGAAAUAUGACGGAAUUAGUAACAGAACUUAUCGAACAUUCUAAGGUUGACAUGCAGCGGGUUUUUUUCUAUGCAAAUAUGCCUGCAGCUGUAGUAGAUUACAACAAAAACUCAAUUGUGAAAUUCAGUAACGUUUUAUACAAUGAAGGAGAUAUUUUUAACCAUGGAGACGGUGUUUUUGUUUCGCCUGUUACUGGCGUUUACUUAUUUUCCUGGACAAUUCUUACCUUCAAUGGGAAAGCCGUUAAUACCGAAUUACGAGUAGACAAUGUCCUUAAGGAAACACUCCAUGCAAUUGUCGGUAGUGCUGUUGGACAUGUAUCGGUCAGCAGAACUGUUAUUUGUAAAGUAACUAAGAAGGAACACGUGUGGAUACAGACUGGUGAUUCUUACGCAGGAAACGUUUUUGACUACGAUGCAGGAGAUGCGAGUUCAUUCAUGGGUGUUCUCAUAUACGAGAUUUAAAUCCACGAAUCGAAAGAUACGUUUGAAUCACUUUCUUUUCUUAUAUCUUGUACUUAAGGGUAUAAUCGUGUUUUUAUAGACUGACAUGAUUAAUGUUCCUUUAAAACCGUAUAUAAAU